AUGAAGGACUUGGCGGGGCUGGGGCACCUGUUCGUGGUGACCUUCCUGUUCCACUUCGCCUCCUUCAUGGUGAUCCCGGCGGUCACCGACGUAACCAUGGAGGCCGUCUGCCCCGGGCGCGACGAGUGCUCCGUCGCCAUCUACCUCAGCGGCUUCCAGAACGCAGUCACCGGGCUGGGGGCGCUCGUGGUCACCCCCAUCGUCGGGAACCUGUCGGACAGGUACGGCCGGAAGGCGCUGAUGACGCUGCCGGUGACCGUGGCCAUCGCGCCGCUGUUUAUACUGGCAUGCAACCGCAUGGAGGUGUACUUCUACGUGUACUACGUCGCCAAGAUCAUUGCCGGGGUCUUCUGCGAGGGCACCAUGCACUGUCUCUGCCUUGCCUAUGUGGCUGACCACGUGGGGCCCAGGCGUCGCGCAGCAGCGUUUGGUCUCCUCUCUGGCGUGUCGGCAGCCGGGUUCGUGUCGGGGACCUUGACCGCGCGCUUCCUCCCAACUGCAUCCACCUUCCAGGUCGCCGCCGCCGUGGCCGUGGCGUCAGCCCUCUACCUCAGGGCCUUCCUCCCCGACGCUGGCGGCGUCUCCUGCGCUGACGAAGCCUGCGAUCCGCUCCUCCAGGAUUCGUCCUGCACCUCUUCCACAUCAUCCUCCGAUGAAGAGCUCUCGCCUCGGCUGCCGCUGCAUAAGAGCGGGCUGCCGUCUCUAUCCGACAUGGUUGCGCUUCUCACUGGCAGUUUGGCCAUGUCAGGGGCAGCAAUCGUCACUUUCUUUUACAGUCUAGGUGAACAUGGGCUUCAGACUGCAUUGCUGUACUACCUGAAGGCACAAUUCGGUUACAGCAAAAAUGAGUAUGCUAAUCUACUUCUAAUCGUCGGUGCUGCUGGAAUGCUAUCACAGCUCACUGUAAUGCCUAUCUUGGCUCCGAUUCUGGAUGAAGAGAUGUUGCUUAUUGUUGGGCUGCUAGGUGGAUGUACUCAUGUUUUCUUGUAUGGCAUCGCAUGGUCAUACUGGGUACCUUAUUUUGCUGCAGCAUUUGUAAUUUUGAGUGCUUUUGUUUACCCAUCUAUAAGAACCAAAGUAUCAAAAAGUGUCGGAUCAAAUGAGCAGGGAAUUGCUCAAGGAUGUAUAUCUGGGAUCAGUUCUUUUGCAAGCAUAUUAGGUCCCCUCGUUUUUACUCCCUUAACUGCAUGGUUUCUUUCUGAAACAGAGCCCUUCAACUUCAAAGGUUUCAGUAUUUUGUGUGCUGGCUUUUGCACCCUCAUUGCGUUUAUUAUCAGUUUGAGGAUGCGUGGAGCUCAAUCUAAUACGUGCAAGAAGACCACAGUUCAGCAUGAGCAAGCAUGA